AUGGGCCGCCCGAAAGUAGAAUUAUCUGAACGAGUAAAAAAGUUCAAAGAGGAUGGCUUGUAUUUAAGCGAUACUAACAUCGUAAUGUGCAAAUACUGCAACAUGCGUUUGGAAGGAGAGAAGUUGGAUACUUUGAAGAAGCAUACGACUUCUGUUACCCAUUUAAGAAAGAAAUCUGAUCCUCAACCAGGGCCCUCUGGAAUAAAAAGGCAAUCCACAAUAGUUGGUGCUUUUGAAGUGCAAAAGCGUGCUAAAACGGAGAAAGAGGAAUUUGUGCUUGACACUGUAAAAAUGUGUUUAAAAGCAAAUAUUCCGUUGAAUAAAAUAGACCAUCCAGCUGUUCGCAGUUACAUGGAAAAAUAUGUGCCUGGCUCGGGUAACCUGCCUUCUGGAGAUAAUUUGAGACGUAAGUACGUACCACAGUGCGGUGUUUCGGAGAAAGAUGAAAUAAAACAAAAACUGAAGGAUCAGCCUGUAGUUGUGGUGGCCGACGAACUUCUGACAAACAAG